CACCCAAGUCUGAAACGCGACGUUCCGGGGGUAUUCGGUGGGCCGCCCGUUGCUCCCCCGCUGACGGCCGCUCUGCCCGCAGGUGCGGCUCUGCAGCCCCCCCGGGAGCUGUGGGGGUACGUGCAGGUCCGCAGCAAGGCGCACAUCUUCUGGUGGCUGUACUACGCCGACAGCCGCACCGCGGGAUUCGCCGAACUGCCGCUCAUCCUCUGGCUGCAGGGAGGUCCGGGAUCUUCAGGCUGUGGAUUUGGGAACUUUGAAGAGAUUGGUCCAUUAGACAAGGAACUGAAACCAAGAAAUACAACCUGGUUGCAGGCAGCCAGUAUCUUGUUUGUGGACAAUCCUGUGGGCACUGGAUUCAGCUAUGUAGAUGACUGCAGCUUGUUUGCCAAAAACCUAACCACAGUAGUAUCUGAUAUGAUGGUUUUUCUUAAUGAAUUCUUCACACACAGAACAGAAUUUCAGAGCGUCCCAUUCUACAUAUUUUCUGAAUCUUACGGAGGUAAAAUGGCUGCUGGCAUUGCUUUAGAGCUGCAUAACGCUGUACAAAAAGGAAGCAUAAAGUGCAAUUUUGCUGGGGUCGCUCUUGGAGACUCAUGGAUUUCUCCACUGGAUUCUGUGCUGUCCUGGGGACCCUACCUUUAUAGCACUUCUCUCCUUGAUGAUCAGGGUCUAGCAGAGGUGACUGCUGUUGCUAAAGAAAUAAUGGAUGCAAUAAAUAAAAAUGAGUAUGGACUGGCCACUGAGCUCUGGAGUAAGGCUGAAGGUAUCAUUGAAGAGAACACAGACAAUGUGAACUUCUAUAACAUUAUGACUAAGGAAGUUCCAGAAAUGAAAGCAAAUGAACAAGAAAAUUUUCAUCUUGUUAGGCUUUACCAACGUCACGUGAAAAUUAUGCAUAAGAACAACCUAAGUGAAUUGAUGAAUGGACCUAUCAGAAAGAAACUAAAAGUUAUUCCUGACUGUGUAAAAUGGGGAGGUCAGUCCACAAAAGUCUUUGAGAACAUGGCUGAGGAUUUCAUGAGACCUGUUAUUGACAUUGUUGAUCAGCUCCUAGCAGCCAAUGUCAGCAUCACAGUUUAUAAUGGGCAGCUGGAUCUCAUUGUUGACACCAUGGGCCAGGAGGCAUGGAUCCGAAAACUGAAAUGGCCCGGCUUGAAGGAGUUCAGCCAGCAGAGGUGGAAGGCGCUUUAUGUGUCUCCAGAAUCCACUGAUACAGCUGCUUUCUACAAGGCCUAUGAGAACUUUGCUUUCUUCUGGAUACUUAAGGCUGGGCACAUGGUACCAUCUGAUCAAGGAGAGAUGGCCCUGAAAAUGGCCAGGAUGGUGAUCCAACAGAAGCACUAGAGAAGGGGAGGCCAGCUGGUAUGGCCUCCUGCUGAGUGGCAGUGUUCUUGUGGAAUGCGAGUUUGAGAACAAAGAAGCUGCAGGAGGAACAACUGGUAUUUGGACACAGCCUCUCUGAUCUUCCUGAUGUUGUGUGAAAGCAUUUAUGAAAAGGCAUAUUUCUCCUUGAAUAAGCUUUUGCUUUUGAAUUUCUAAGAUGUGAUUUGCUUGAUAUUUUUCUUAAUGACUCUUCCAAGAUAAUUCCUGUGUCAUAAAUAACUAGCUGUAAGCCUCUGCCUUUGUCUUGGAAGGAUUUCGUGCUUUUGUAAAAAAGAUGUUCAAACAAACAAGAUGGGGACGACAGCAAGACUAAACUGGACUUUUGUCCUGAUAGAUUAGCUGCUUGUUCCUCUCUAAGAGCAAACCUGCUUUAUGAGGUUUUGGAGUAUUUCCUUUCCUUGUCCUUGGGCCUUUGUCCUUGAGUUACCUGGCUGGAUUAGAAGCUGCAAAUUUGAAGAUGCCAGGACAGAAGACCUGCACAAGAGGUUCUACAGUCCAUCUCAGUGAGAUGAGAUACUUGAAUUAGGAUCCACAGUUACUCAGGCUUUCUCACAGCCUCCCUCCAGGGGAGGACUUAAUCUCUUUCAUCUGCCUGUUUCUUCAUUUUCAUUCACUUUUUAAUGACCUAAAUUUUGUCUUUAGCCUUAACACAUGAAGCACAUCCAGCAGCAAUUCCUGCUUUCCUUUAUGCCAAAGAAGGAGCCCUGCUAAUACCCUCUUCUUGUGCAGAAGAGAAUCCUUAUGAACUAAAGCCUCCUACAAGCUUCUGAGCAUAGGCUGGAGAGUGGAAAGCAGAAUGUUAUUGAAACAAUAGUAGCAUAAUACUGGAAGUCAAUAGCAGUAUCUUAAACAAGGAUUUACAAAAAGCCAGUAUUUGUACUACUUUUUCUAGAUCUCUUAAAUCUUGUAGAUACUUCCUCUUCUUGGAAGCAACACUUCAUAUAGACAGAAUACUGUCAAAAGGAGACUUGAUCAGACAUCAUUUGACUUCUGCUGUGGAGUAUAAGGUGACUGUUCUUUAUCACUGUCUGGUAAGAAGCAUAACAGCUCAUUCCAGCUGUCAGAAUACCAAAUGAAUAGCAACCAGCCAAUUCCUCCUGCAACUGAAACUAUCAUAUGAUGUCUGAUAUCAUUGGCUUAGCAAAGACUGAGGCAUAAUGAUAUGUAAACACACAUGCAGUCUCCCAGCAGAUGGAGUAUUGGCACCUACUAAUUGCUUUCCUUCUUGUUCUGUGCUUGAACUGUGUUCAUGAGAACUUCAGCAAUGCAAAUCCAGACUUUUCAAACAUUUAUCUUAAUAAAUACAAGAGGUUCAAUGUAA